AUGCCUCAAAAUCCUUCCAUCUCGGAUCAGUAUAGUAUCUGUGUUUUCUGCCAAACAGUAUCUCCAGUUUCUCAAAUCGUUAUAUAUCUUUAUUAUAUUUUUCUUUAUAUUUAUUUUUGCUUUUCGCUCUUUAUCAAUUAUCUACAUCAAUUUUUAAUUCUUUCUUUAUCUUCCUUUUAUUUUUGCCUUCCUUUUUUCUUCUUUUCAUAUCUUUUCUUUCUUUUAUUCUUAUAUGUCUUCUGUUUACUUUUGCUUCUCUUUCUUCCUUCGUGUCAUUCUUUUAAUUUUUCAUUUAUUUCUUAUUUAGCUUCUAAUUAUUUUUCUUUCUUUCUUUCUUUGUCUUUCCCCCCUCUCUCUCUCUAUUUUCCUGAAAAGAGGAAAAGGUUCCCCGUUUUUUUAACCUGUCCGUUGCUUAGUGAUGCACUCGUGGGUGAUUCUCUCCUAGAACUGUGUCUCUUGCGUAAAGGUUGCACAAUUCGACGCGACAGGGGUCAAUUAUUUCUCAUCAUGGAUCUACUGAGGUCUCUGGCGUGUUUCUCUAUGGACCCGAAAGGAUGUGGCGUCUAUCUUCUCUCUCUUAGGCAGCCAGACAGUACUGUACGCCCAACACUUAAACAAGACACUUCUAUCUAUCUAUCUAUCUAUCUAUCUAUCUAUCUAUCUAUCUAUCUAUCUAUCUCUCAUAAUCAGUUCAGAUCUAUCUAUCUAUCUAUCAUAAUCAGUUCAGAUCUAUCUAUCUAUCUAUCUAUCUAUCUAUCUAUCUAUCAUAAUCAGUUCAGAUCUAUCUAUCUAUCUAUCUAUCAUAAUCAGUUCAGAUCUAUCUAUCUAUCUAUCUAUCUAUCUCUCAUAAUCAUUCAGAUCUAUCUAUCUAUCUAUCUAUCUAUCUAUCUAUCUCUCAUAAUCAGUUCAGAUCUAUCUAUCUAUCUAUCUAUCUAUCAUAAUCAAUCUAUCUAUCUAUCUAUCUAUCUAUCUAUCUAUCUAUCUAUCUAUCUAUCUAUCAUAAUCAGUUCAGAUCUAUCUAUCUAUCUAUCUAUCAUAAUCAUUCAGAUCUAUCUAUCUAUCUAUCUAUCUAUCUAUCUAUCUAUCUAUCUAUCUAUCUAUCUAUCUAUCUAUCAUAAUCAUUCUAUCUAUCUAUCUAUCUAUCUAUCUAUCUAUCUAUCUAUCUAUCUAUCUAUCUAUCUAUCUAUCAUAAUCAGUUCAGAUCUAUCUAUCUAUCUAUCUAUCUAUCAUAAUCAUUCAGAUCUAUCUAUCUAUCUAUCUAUCUAUCUAUCUAUUUAUCAUAAUCAGUUCAGAUCUAUCAAUCUAUCUAUCAUAAUCAGUUCAGAUCUAUCUAUCUAUCUAUCUAUCUAUCUAUCUAUCUAUCUAUCUAUCAUAAUCAGUUCAGAUCUAUCUAUCUAUCUAUCUAUCUAUCUAUCUAUCUAUCUAUCUCUCUCUCUCUAUUUAUUAUAUAUAUAUAUAUAUAUAUAUAUAUUGUUUGCUAAUGUUCCUGUCAAAGACAUCAUCGACAUAUUAAUACUUACAAUACAUUAUCAUUCCACGUAUGUCGCACCUCUUAAUAACAAACAAGAAACUCUAUGUAAACUUGUCUGA